GCCUUUACUACGUGGACAGCGAAGGCACGCGGAUCCCCGGCGCCGCGUUCGCGGUGGGCUCGGGCUCCAGCUACGCCUACGGGGUGCUGGACGGAGCGCGGCGCCACGACAUGGCGGAGGACGAGGCGCUGGAGCUGGCCAGGCGCGCCAUCUUCCAGGCGGCGCGGCGCGAUGCCUACUCGGGGGGCCGCGUCACCGUGUACCACGUGGGGCCCGGCGGAUGGCGCCGCGUCUCCACUCACGACGUGGCCGGGCUGCACGACGCCUACGGGCAGUGAGCGCGGAGCGGGGGGACGGCGGUGGGCCGGGGGGAGGAACGGGGCGGACGACAAGAUGGCGGACGACAAGAUGGCGGCCUCACGGUCUGCUGUUGGUGGGAUGGGGCGUCGAACAUGGCGGAGGGACAAGAUGGCGGCCUCCUGGUUUUCUAUUGGUGGGUUAAGGCGUCAAUCAUGGAGGCGGGACAAAGUGGCGGCCUCCUCGAGUUCUGUUGGUGGGAUGGGGCGUCGAACAUGAAGGAGGACAAGAA